CGAGGUCAAGUGUUUCUCCACAAGGCAUUCUCUCUCUACACACUCUCUUUCACACAGAAGAGACCACACUACACAACGCGCUUAUUCACCCAACUUUCUCUCCUUCUUCUUCUCUCUCCAUUGCCAUUUAUCUCCCUUGUUUUUCUGAGCUGAAGUGCUGAACUACUUCUCUCUAUAACUUGUGUUUCUCGCCAGAAACUUUCUGAAAAAAAAAUUGCCACUAGGAAAAUGGAUACAGCAAAAUAUACACCCAUUAAUGGUGGAAAAACUCUCUUUACAGACCUGAAAGCUCACUUCUCUUUUCUGAAAACCAAAAGAACUGUUACUUGUGCAUAUGGGUUCAUGUUUGUAUUCGUUGCUGUUACAUUUUUCUUGGCUUUUAGUCCUUCCCCUAACUCUUCUUCUCCUUGGUUCACAAACAUUUUCUCUUUAAGCAGUAGCACUAGUACUAGUGGAACUAUUUCUACAACAUCAGCUCCGAUUUCCUCUGAUCAAUCUUAUGGAUCUCACUUUUCUUCAGUUUACUCUUACUUUUUUCCCAACUCUUCACAGCAAGUUCAAAACUUUACUACUCCCAGAUCCCAAAACUCAACAUUUGAGCCUCCCAAUUUGCAAAAAGAAUUGGGUAUUGGGAAAAAUGUGACUUCAAAUAAUGACUCACAUGAUAAAGUUGAAGUCUUGAAAAACCCCUUGAAGCCUUCUGUGAAUGUGACAGCUCAAAAAUCUUCUUCUGGGUCGAAUCAAGAAUCAUCAAGUGUAAAGAAUCAGUCCCAAAGUAAAGAUUUUGAUGAUAAAGUUGGAGUAUUGAAGGCAAAUCAGAGCUCAAAUUCAGCACCAAAAUCUUCUUCUGGAACUAAUAAAGAAUCAUCAAGCCCAAAGAAGCAGACCCAAAGUAAAGAUUUUGAUGAUAAAGUUGGAGUCUUGAAGGCAAAUCAGAGCUCAAAUUCAGCACCAAAAUCUUCUUCUGGAACUAAUAAAGAAUCAUCAAGCGCAAAGAAUCAGCCCCAAAGUAAAGAUUUUGAUGAUAAAGUUGGAGUCUUGAAGGCAAAUCAGACAACAAAUUCAGCACCAAAAUCUGCUAAUGGGAGUAAAGAGAAAGAAAUUGAGGGAGUGAAGAGUAAUUUCACAUCCUCGUUUGUGAAAAAACAGAGUAAUGGGACUAACUUAGAUGUGUCGGCGAAGAAGAAGGAUGAAGAUGUGGUUAAGUCUUUGUUGGAUUGUGAUUUCUUUGAUGGGAAUUGGGUGAAAGAUGAGUCUUACCCUUUGUAUAAACCUGGUUCUUGUUCUCUUAUUGAUGAGCAAUUCAACUGUUUUCUCAAUGGUAGACCUGAUAGUAAUUACAUUAAAAUGAAAUGGAAGCCCAAUGCCUGUACUCUUCCAAGAUUGAAUGGCACUCAUAUGCUGGAAUUAUUGAGAGGAAAAAAAUUAGUAUUUGUUGGUGAUUCACUCAAUAGGAACAUGUGGGAAUCACUUGUUUGCAUACUUAGAAACUCUGUAAAAGAUCAGAAGAAGGUUUAUGAAGAAUUUGGGAGACACCAUUUUAGGACAGAAGCUUCCUAUUCAUUUCUAUUCGAAGAGUACAAUUGCAGAGUGGAGUUCUUUGUAUCUCCUUUCUUGGUUCAAGAAUGGGAAUUUGCAGAUAAAAAAGGAGUGAAGAAGGAAACUCUUAGACUUGAUUUAAUUGGACAGUCUGCUGAUAAAUAUAAAAAUGCAGAUAUAUUAAUCUUCAACACCGGCCACUGGUGGACUCACGAGAAGACUUCCUUGGGGAAGGACUAUUAUCAAGAAGGAAGUCACGUGUACAGCGAAUUAGAUGUCCUUGAGGCAUUUCGAAAAGCUUUAACAACAUGGGGAAGAUGGAUUGAUUCCCAUGUAAAUCCCCACAAGACAUUUGUUCUCUUUAGAGGUUAUUCUGCAUCUCAUUUUAGUGGUGGACAGUGGAAUUCUGGUGGAGCUUGUGACCAUGAAACAGAACCAAUCAAGAACAACACAUAUCUUACUCCUUAUCCAUCUAAGAUGAAUGUAUUGGAGAGAGUCUUGAGAGGAAUGAAAACUCAAGUCUCCUAUCUGAAUGUCACAAGAAUGACAGAUUAUAGAAAAGAUGGUCACCCAUCAAUAUAUAGGAAACAAAAAUUGACCAAUGAGGAGAAAAAAUCUGAAUUGUUGUUCCAAGAUUGCAGCCAUUGGUGCCUCCCUGGUGUACCUGAUGCUUGGAAUGAGCUUCUAUAUGCCAAACUUUUAGUAAAUCAACACAUGAAAAAACAAGAUGACAAAAAGACAUAGAGGGGUGGGCUCAUUAUUCAUCGAGUGAGUUUCGAACUGUGCGGGCUCAUUAUUCAUCGAGUGAGUUUCGAACUGUGCGUUAUUGACCCUCGAUGAUUUCUCGGUUAUGAUACCCAAAAAAAAAAGGGUAACAAGCACUUGGAGAAAGAUUAUGUUCAUAAUGUAAACUAUAUAUGCGAGAUUAGAGAAGUUUUCUUUAGGAGAGAUAUGUGAACUUAGAGUAAUUUAUUUUAUGUGUAUUUAUAAGAGGAAAGUGACAAAGAGAUUUUGACUGUUUACUUAUAAUCAAACAGUUGUAAGUCUCUGUCACUUGCUCCUAUAUUUUACUGAGUCUUGAGGGCUCGACACUGUAAAUUUCAUAAUUAUUUACACUAUUUAUUUUAAAUUUAUUAAUGAAUCAUACGUUUAAUUA